AGCCGCCUGAGCUUGGCGGGAUCCGACACGGCCAGCAUGGCAUCGGCACAAAGGCCUUGGAGCCCACGUGUGCCUCCGACUCGUCGCACGUUGAUUGCCGUAGUAGCCGUUGGAGCUGCCGCAUGGUGCAGCACUGCUAUCAGUUUCGUGGGUAGCAGAGGAGGCAGCAGCCAGCCCCGGGUGUUGCGGCAGGCAGGAUAUACCUUUGGAAUCAACAAAGCGGAAGACCACAAUGGCCUCCUGACGGCUCAAAAGGACAAUGCUUACCGCAUUUCCACGGAGGGCAGCUUCAUGUAUGGCCACUGGAACACGGUCCUUGGUGAUCAAGAAAUUCCGCAGUCUGGACGAUCAUACUGGGAGGUCAAAUUUGUGAAGAAACCCUCAAAUGCCUUCGAAUUUAUUGGCGUUGCUGAGCCCUCGUCCGAUGUGACCAUGCCACUGCACAAGAAUCGCAAGGGCAAGGGCUGGUUCUGGGGAAGCGACUGGAAAGAGUCCUUUAUUUACACCUUCCUGGAUCUCAAGCCUGGCAUGAAUGACAGAAAGAUGGCAGAGCAUCAGCGCAUUGCAGAUGUGGCAGUUAACUUGAAGCUUUUUGAGAAGAAACGAUUGGAUGAACAGUGGUACAGGAACAUCAAAGAUCUUUGGACAGGACCCAGUACCCACAUUGGGAUGUUUGCUGAUCAGUGGCCCACCUUUGAGAAAGGCACUGUAGUUGGCAUCGAUGUUGAUAUGGAUGACGGCUCCUUGGCCUUCUGGGGCAAUGGCAAAUACCUGGGCAUCGUCAAAGACAACGAGGGAAAGCCUAUCAACUUGAAAGGCAAAAAGGUGGUUCCAGCCAUGAGCGUUUUCGGGAGGAACACUGGGAAAUACAAGGAGAACACGGUUAUGGAGAUCCGCACUGGUCUGGAUGCUCCUUCAAGGUCCAGACUCCAGACUCCCAAGAUUUGCUUUCAGGCUUUCAGUGAUGCAAGCGUUUGAAACAGGAGUCUUUGGGAGCAAGGCAGUACGGCAUGAUGAUAUGCACAUGUUUGUGGCUUUCCAUUGUUUGAACAACGGGACUAUCGCGAUUUUGCAUUCUUUGAAGCUAAGGCCGGGGAAAUGACGGGCUUCCAAGCGUUGCACCCGAAAGCAGUGAGCAAGCAGGCCUUCCACGGCUCAUCUCUGGAAGCAGAGAAGCCGGGUGAAAAGUGCCAAAAUAUAUUACUUGCGACGGCUGGUCACGAAGAAUCGAACAGAAUGAAAAACGUAAAGGAAAAGGAAUACAACAAAGACAGAAGGACAGGGAAAACACACUCUUAAAGUCUUCAAGUCAAAGGAAACAAAUAACAAAGCAAUAAGAUCAAAAAGCAAAGGUUUACCUUCGACUAAAUCAACAUACCAAUUCGGGAGUUCGGCUUCGCUUCUUCCAGCGUAGCGUAGGCAGAACCGACAUGCGACAAGAUGUUCUCAGUGCAGCGAUCAAACUUCUGCACUAAAACUUUUGCAUGCCUGUU